AUGGUUGUCAAAAAUCACCGUACAACCAGUGCCCACACUUUAUUCUCUUCCUCGCAUUCGUCAUCUUCUGGAACUUCACUAUCUUCUUCCCCAUCGCAGAGUGAAUCCGAAACGGACGAAUCAGAUCAAGAUGAAACCGAGUACACAGAAUAUAAACAGUACAACGAUAAGAAAGAGGAUACUCAUCGACUGUCUAUGCACAAGAAAUAUGAAAAGUGGAUGUUACCGGUGAUCAAUGCACGGCGGGUUCUUGAUAGUAGAAAUAUGGGAGAAAAGGUUUGGGGUGAACUUUUGAGUGCAAUACAGGCACUUGAGACAUCCCUCAAAUCAAACCUGACAUCUUUAGAUAUUUUUACGCCUGUUCUGGCUAGGUUUAUUCUCGAUCUCAAUCGAUUCAUAACGUCAGCAUCGUACAACAAGGAAUAUCGAAAGAAGCUCAAGACAACGGAAGCCAAAGCCUGUACAGUCGUUCAACAAAAAGCACAAAAUCUAUUAAAAAUGUGGGAGAGGAUAAUUACGCUAUACGAAUUGAAGCCUCCGCCAAUUGAUUCGUCGAAAGAAACUCAGGUCGUAAACGAGAUAGAACGACUGUUGAUGCUUUCUCCACAUAAAACAUUAUCUCUGAGAAAGAUGAAAUUAUCACAAUAUCCAUGGCAUUUGAGAUUGAUGGAUUGUGUGGCUAGCUACUACAAUUCGUUUUCAAAGACUUUGGACUCCUCAAGAUGGGAACCAGACUUUCUUUCUGUUUUAGAUCUGUCGAAAAACAAUCUAACCGACCUACCACCAGAGAUUUUGCUAUUCAGAAACUUGGUAGUACUCCGUAUAUCGCAUAACCAAUUCACAUCAUUUCCCCCAUAUAUAAUUCAAAUUCCAAAGACAACAAGUCUUCUUGGAAUAGAACUCAACCCCCUACGUAAAGCCAAUGCGCAUAAGGUCGGGAUCAAUGUGCAGAUACAAGACAUUCCUUACAUUCCUCGAUUAAUGGAUCUGUGUGCACGGAAUAUAUUAGUCGGGAAAAUGCCUUGCAAACCGCCAUGCUUAAUUUCUCGUUGUUCAUCAUCUUUCGAAUCUCUAUCAUCAUUUCAUUACAAACACAUGAAUAUCAACUCGCUGGCUGGACACUUGGUGACAAAUACGGUUCGCGAGUAUCUUCGAUCAGGCUAUCUCUGCGAACUCUGCGGGCUGUUUAUAUCUUCCAAUUCAGCUGCAUAUCUUCCAGAAAUAAUAGAAAAUAUUUCCUACAUACGAUAUUCUGAUUUCCUAUCACUGAGGACAGAUAGAGCAGACAGAGACUUUCGGGGUGGUGGGAUGGUGAACAUUACUCCAACUCCGUUGCUAAGGAGGUUUUGUGGGCAGUGUUGGAAGAUUCAUUGCAAGAAUGAAGCUCCAGAGACAUGUGGGUGUAUUACAUGUUUAACUGAACGCAGGGAAGAUGGAGAUGUUCGGUGGAUGCGAAUGCCAAGAGAUGAACAAUAA